AUGUUUCUAAUUUUUGUUCAUCAUUUUGUUCUUAUCACAGUUUUUGGUAUGUUUACUCAAAAAAAACUAGUUCAAUUUCAUGUUUUCAGGAGUUUGUCUAAUUCAAUGUGGAUCAGGAAUUAGUGAAAAACGAGGAGCCGCUGGAAAAGAUACAUUCUUCAAGAAGAAAAAGAAAACUAAUCAAGCAACAAAAGCGAUUGAAAAUCAUGAGGAAUUCUAUUUUGUCAGUUCUACUAGAGAAGUUCAAGUUCAGGCUGAACCUGAAAUUGAAAUUGAAGUUGCGACUGAAAAUGAGAUUGAAGAAGUGGAUUCAGAGCAAGAGCCAAAAUCUGAAACCAAAACUGAUAUGAAUACUGCGAUGGAGAAAUCCGAAACUUCUCAAAUGUUCACAGCGAUUCCUGAAGAAGUUCCACCAAAAAAGUGAGAUUUAAAAAAUACGUUUCUUCUGUUGGAAAAUACAAUUUUUGCAGAGCUCGAAGAAGAAUGACGGUUCCUGAAUUGAUCUACCAUUUUGAGAAUCUUGAGAUUUGA